GAAUGGAAUUAAAUUCGUAUACCCUCUAAUACAUAGAACAAAUUGAACACUUUUAUCAUCAUUACCACCAAGCGAUGAUAACUGCUCUCAUUUAUCACGUAUCUGUCUUUUUUUAUCAUUGCAUAACUAGAGCAUUCAAAUUUGAUGUUGUGAUAGCAAACUAUUUCAAUAAGUAAGAGUGAAUAAUAAUUAAAUAAGUAGAAGUACUUAUCAGAUUUAUAAGAAUUGAGCCUGGCUGAUUUAGAUGUAAAUAAAUCUUCAUCUUCGUACUUUUCAACAGUCAAAAACUGAUUCUUAAAACUUUUGAUUCAACUAUAGGUACUCGUACAAUGCUACGUCAAAAUAUUACAUUACUUUUGCUUUUAGUGUUCGGUUUUGUUCACCAUGUGACCAACAAAACCGAAAAAGUUAAACGACUUGAAAAAUAUUUGCAAGCCAGAGAACAAAAAAUGCUAAAGGUGGCACUGGGUCCUUUGCAGGCUGAGAUCAAAACUAUUGAAGCAGAAUUGAAAAAAAUGAGAGAAGAACGCCAACAGUUUGAAAAAAAAUUCGAAGAUGAACGCCAACAGUUUGAAAAAAAACUCGAAGAUAAAUUAUUUAAGCAAAAAUUUGACCAAAGAAUGAAAGAAAUUGAAGCUGGUAAAUAAUAACAACUUACAUAUUAAAUUGCUUUUUGUUAUAUCGACGACUUUUAUAGUGUGUGCCUAGGCAACACUGAGCGAAGGAGAUGAUGAAAUAUUCGUGGAGAAUAUUAUCAUAAGUUAUGUUCGAGUAAUUGGAACUAUGUAAAUACGUUUAUAGUUUUUAUAAUAAAUAAUUAAAAGUAUCCAUUCGUUAUUUUAUGCGUAAAGAUACUACAAAUGGCGCAGUCGGUAACUUAAAACUUUUAUUUAAUGUGCGCAAGUGAUUUUCACGAGUGAAUCAACUAUAUUCAUCAUCGCAGCCAUGACCACGUUAGAUGCCGCGCAGAUUACUUCGUUAUUGCAGUCAAUCCAGGAUCAAAGUAAGAAUAUCUCGGCUUUGGCGAAGAAUUUAAAUACGAAAUCUGAGAGGGAGCAUCCGCCGUCAGUGCAAUUAGCGAAAUUCGACGAAUCCGUUGAAACAUUCAGUGAUUAUGUGGAAAGACUGGAGCAAUACUUUAUCGCUCAGAAGAUCGGCGAUGAUGAUAAGGUAUCUGUUUUCAUUUCAAUGCUUCAGCCCAAGUUAUACCGGUUGCUUAAACACUUGUGUGUCCCUACGCCUGUCGAAAAGAAGACGUUUAAACAAUUGACGGAGAUAUUAGUUACGCAUUUGUGCCCUAAACAGAUGGAAAUACCCGCCAGACACACAUUCGUUAACCCUAAGCAAGCCGAAUCCGAACCGAUCAAUCAAUACGUUGCCGAAUUAUGUAGAUUAGUGCUACCCUGUAACUAUCCAGAUACCAUGCUCUCUAUCAUGUUACGCGAUAUGUUCGUUGGUGGUCUACGUUCGAAGGAUAUGUUAAAUAGACUCUUCACAGAAAAAGAUUUAACGUUCGAAAGGGCAGUCGAAAUUGCGGUCAGUAUGGAGACAUCGGCAAUAAAUUCUGCGGCUAUUACAAGCAGCUUUAACGGUACUCCGAGUGUCAGUAAUCACGUUCCUGAGCCACUCAAGAAGCUGAAAAAAGGAAAACCACCGCCGAAACCGAAAUCUACACCAGAGGUGAAGAAAUCUGACCAAACUCCGAUCUGUUUCAAAUGCGCUAAAUCCGGCCAUCGCUCACCUGAUUGUAAAGAGAAAAACUUGAAGUGUAAUUUUUGCCAGAGUGAGCAACAUGUCAUCGAAGUUUGUCAGAAGAAGAAAAAGUCCGAUAAGAAUAAGGCGAAGAAAAUGAAAUCUAUUCGAGAAGUAUCAUCUGAACGAACUAUUUUCCCUAUCGAUAUGGUACGUGCGUCGGAUAAUUCAUCAGAACCGCCGAUAUUCGUCUGUGUUCGUGUCAACGAUAUUGAUGUAAAAUUCGAGUACGAUACUGGUGCUACAAAAACUGUUAUCACCGAAUCAGUCGCGAAGCAGUUCAACGUUAAAUUGAAACCUACCGAGAUUCGAUUAGAAGAUUAUAGUGGAAAAAUUAUCAAUCCACUGGGUACGAUUAAUGUAACAGCGCAGUAUCGAGAUAAUUGUGAGCAGCUCGAUUUAUUCGUCGUCGCGAAUUCAUAUUCAUCAGUGAUUGGUCGAGACUGGAUAUUUCCGCUGAAAAUUGGUAGCCUACCUGUUUCUUGCGAUGCGAAUGUUUUACCAAUUCGUGAAAUACGUGAAUUGAAAGUACCUGAACUCGAUACGUUAGUGAAGAAGUACAGCCAAGUUUUCGAAGGUAAAAUUGGUCCGGUUAAGAAGGUGGUAUCUUUGCAUCUGAAAGAAGGCGCCAAACCAGUAUUUCAACGUUCUCGUGUGGUACCACUCGCGUUGCAACAGGCAGUUUUGAACGAAAUCGAUCGUUUAGUUGAAGAAGGUCUUUGGAUCAAGGUCGAUUAUUCUGACUGGGCUUCACCAAUUGUACCUGUGUUGAAAUCCAACGGUGAUGUUCGUUUAUGUGGUGAUUAUAGUGGUACAAUUAAUGACCAGAUCUAUAUCACUCAACAUCCGUUCCCAGGUUACGAGGAAAUCUUCAGUAACGUCGAAGGUGAAGAAUUUACUACUCUCGAUAUCGAUUCCGCAUUUCGUCAUAUGUUGGUAGACGAAGCGUCAUCUUGGCUUAUGGUAUUAAACACACCGAAGGGGUUAUUUCGUCCCACUCGAUUAGAAUUUGGCGCCGCACCCGCACCUGCUGAGUUCCAGAAUUUUAUGGACGAAGUCUUCGCUGGUUUACCUAUUGCGAAACGAGCCGAUGACAUCUUUGUAGGCGGAAAAGAUCGAAAAGAACAUCUCAGACGUUUAGAGAUGGUAUUUCGCGUUUGUCAAGAAAACCAUAUUCGUUUGAAUUUACGUAAAUGUAAAUUUUUCCAGCCUGAAGUAAAGUUUUUGGGCUACAUCGUCAACAAGGACGGUAUUACGAAAACGCCAGAGAAAGUUACAGCAGUUCAAGAAGCUCCUUGUCCUACGAAUGUAACCGAAGUGAAAUCGUUUAUGGGCUUGGUGAAUUUCUACGGCAAAUUUUGUAACCAGUUGGCAACUUUAGCUCAUCCGUUAUAUGAGACAACGAAAGGCAAAAGUGGCAAAGAUCCUAUCGAUUGGUCUCCUCAGUGCGAACGUUCGUUUAUUGCCGUCAAAGAAGCGAUCACGUCUCCGAGAAUUUUGGUGCAUUAUUCUCCCAAACUACCGUUGAUUUUAGCCGUAGAUGCAAGCAGCGUAGGAAUCGGCGCAGUUUUAUCGCACCUCGUUGGCAAGGAAGAACGUCCUAUCGCAUUUGCCUCUCGUAUUCUUUCUGAUACCGAAAAGAAUUAUGCUACGUUGGAUAAGGAAGCGCUGGCGAUCAAGUGGGGAGUGGAGAAGUUUUUCUAUUAUCUCUAUGGUAGACAUUUCACACUCGUAACGGAUCAUCUCCCACUUGUCCAUAUUUUUUCGAAGAAGAAAAAACUUCCAGUGUUAUCAGCAACGCGUCGUUUACAUUACGCUAUUUUUCUUCAAAUGUUCGAUUUCGAUAUUCGUUACAGAAGAUCCGAAGAAAAUGGUAACGCUGAUUUUCUUUCACGCUUUCCUCGAAAUAUUCACGAAGCUGCUGAAAUGUUUGAUAAUAGUUCUACCCGUAUCAAUCAGCUAAUCAUCUUGGAAACUCCGAUUACCGAGCAGAAAUUAGCAGCUGAGACUUUGAAAGACCCUGAAUUACUCCCGUUACUGGAAAAACUUCGUACUGGUGAAGUUGCAGAUGAUUAUUCGUUACACGGUAAUAUCAUUAUGAAGGGAAUUCGAGUCGUUAUCCCAAAGAAGUUUCAAUCAGCUGUGCUUGCUGAAUUACAUCAAGGCCACUUUGGCGUCAGUAAAAUGAAGAAAUUGGCGCGAGCUACGGUGUAUUGGCGAAAUAUCGACGCAGAUAUCGAAUCGAUGGUUCGUGAUUGUAAAGCUUGUUUAUCGUUCCGGCCAGAGCAAGUAAAAUCUAAAACGCACUACUGGGAAUAUCCUGCCUCUCCGUGGGAGCGAUUACAUUUAGAUUUCGCCGGUCCUUUUCAAGAUAAGCUGUUCCUGUUAGUCGUUGAUGCUCAUAGCAAGUGGUUAGAAGUUCAAAUUGUUCCCAAUACUUCGUCUGCUUCGGUCAUCGAAUUUUUACAACGAUUAUUUUCAUCGUAUGGUAUUCCAAAGACUAUUGUUUCCGAUAAUGGCACUGCGUUCACCAGCAAAGAAUUUCAACAGUUUCUCUCAAUGUACGAUAUCCGUCAUAAAACUAGCCCACCCUUCCACCCAUCAUCGAAUGGCCAAGCGGAGCGCUAUGUUUUUACCUUAAAGCAGAGUCUACGUGCGUUGAAAAAAGGUGAAUCGUCUCACGGAAUUCAAGAUCGUCUAAAUAAGUUUCUCUUUGCCUACCGGCGAGCCCCAAAUGUUACCACUGGGCAGUCUCCGGCGAAACUGAUGUUGGGAAGAGAAUUACGUUUGAUGCUAUCUGUAUUCCGACCAGAUCUUAAACGAACUGUGGAGCGCAAUAGACACGACGUCGCCUUUAUGGAUCGCUCGUACGAUAUAAACGAGAAAGUUGCUGUACGCGAUUAUUCAGCUCGGAAUUCGCCGUGGGAAGCAGCUACUGUUGUCCAUAAAGACGGACCCCUUACCUAUACUGUGCAGUUGUCUGAUCAACGAGUAACUCGUCGUCAUGUCGAUCAGAUGCGGCCAGGCAGUAAUUCAGCGACUCCUGCUGUAUCUUCAAUUCCAGAGGUCGCUAAAUCACCCGUUGUUCCGGAUUCAAGUUCUCUCGGUUCUGCUCAAACAGCCAACGCCGAUACCUCGUGUAUUCCUGAGCAGGAAUCCAGAUCAACACCUGUAACAACUCGUUCUCCAGAGCCAACCAUUCGAAGAUUGGCUCGUGAUCGAAAAAUCCCCAAUCGAUUAAAUCUCUAAGUUCUUAGAUAAUCGUUUUCGUGUAUUUUUUUUUCUAUUUUAGUUUUUUUAAAUCCCUAGAUUUAAUCUUCGUGUGAGGAGUGUUAUAUCGACGACUUUUAUAGUGUGUGCCUAGGCAACACUGAGCGAAGGAGAUGAUGAAAUAUUCGUGGAGAAUAUUAUCAUAAGUUAUGUUCGAGUAAUUGGAACUAUGUAAAUACGUUUAUAGUUUUUAUAAUAAAUAAUUAAAAGUAUCCAUUCGUUAUUUUAUGCGUAAAGAUACUACACUUUUCUUCUUUUUUUCU